AUGCAAUCCACGAACCUUCUACCUAACACGAUUCCACGCGGGCGGCACCUCAGCUUCAACCCGCAGGCAGAAAUCAAACACCCCACUCAUGUUUUGCGUAAUGAUGCCGUGCAGCUUUGGACUAGUAGGACCCCGUCAGCUGCUACCGGGGCGCGCGCCAGCAGCACGAAACGCUGUGUCAGGAUUAGUGUAAUCGCUCGACCCGAUGGUGUAGCCCAAGGCAGAGCUUUACCUGGCCCUGAUAGGAUGGAGACCCUCGCUGAGUACAACAAAAAUACCCUUUCUGAAUACAAUAUCCCUGACGUUGUGCGAGCCGAUUCGCACGUCUACAAAGAUCAAGACGGAUACUACGUUGUGAAGGAAGAAUAUAGAAAGCCGACAAAUCCGUUUGAGCGUCUGAAACUCGAAAAAGAUCCAAUGAAGGAGUUAAUCCACCUCGGAGGCCUCGAAGAAAUGGCUGAAGCGUCAGCUGUCAACUUCAAAGAGUGGGACGAGGCAAAUGGUGCAGACGAAGUCGACCAGCGCCCGAAAUGGGCCGGUUUGUUCCAUAGACGUAAAGGCCACUAUGGUCGCUAUAUGAUGCGGCUGAAGAUCCCGAAUGGAGUAGUGACAUCCAAACAGACUCGCUAUCUUGCCUCGAUCGUGAAGUCGUGCGGCGAGGACGGUUGCGCAGAUAUUACAACCCGACAGAACUUUCAACUUCGAGGCAUCGAGUUGAAAAAUGCGCCGGGAAUCAUUCAGGGCGUCAUGGAUCACGGCAUGUGCUCGUUACAAUCUGGCCUUGAUAACGUGCGUAAUGCAACUGGGAAUCCGCUUGCUGGUUUUGAUCCACACGAAAUUAUUGAUACUCGUCCAUUCACUCGGGCCAUACAAGACUAUGUUUCUGGCGGUGGUCGCGGCAACUCUGACAUCGCCAACCUGGGCCGGAAAUGGAAUGUUUGUGUUGUCGGUGGACCGGACUUCUAUGAACAUCCCGAUAUUAAUGAUCUUGCAUUCAUUCCUGCUCUUCGCGAAGGUGUGGUUGGAUUCAACAUCCUUGUUGGAGGAUUUAUCAGUUCUGCUCGUGCAGCAGAGGCGAUCCCGUUGGAUGCAUGGGUACCCGCAUCAGAAGUUGUGGAAGCAACCGCGGCAGUCAUCACUACGUUCCGGGACUACGGACACAGAGGUAACCGCCAAAAGUGCCGAAUGAUGUGGCUCAUAGAAGAAAUGGGCAUUGAUAAAUUCCGCGCAGAGGUUGCCAGCCGAAUGCCUUCCCAAAGCAUGGCAUGCGCUUCUGAGGAUGAUCUCAUCGACACUUCGGUCUCUCGGCGAUCCUAUCUCGGAGUGCAUGAGCAGAAACAAAAUGGUUUAUGCUGGGUGGGCAUAUGCGUGCCUGGAGGACGCCUGCAGGCCGAUGACAUGCAAGACAUGGCAGAUCUGGCAGAUAUCUAUGGCUCAGGUGAAAUACGUCUCACAGUUGAGCAAAACUUCAUAAUCCCAAACGUCCCAAAGGAGAAGGUAGAUUCGCUUCUUGCUGAACCGCUGCUGCAACGUUAUUCGCCUUUUCCUGGUAAAGUCGUUUCUGGCAUGGUGGCAUGCACCGGAAACCAAUUCUGUGGGUUUGCACAAAUCGAGACGAAAAAGCAGGCGUUCGCUGCCGCCGAACAUCUGGAAUCAAUCCUCGAUUUCCCAAAGGGAGACAUUAGAAUGAUCUGGACCGGUUGCCCUAAUUCGUGUGCACCCGUGCAGGUCGCAGACAUCGGUUUGAUGGGUUGUCAAGUCAAAAACCCGAGUGGAGAAAAAGGCAUGGUAGACGGCGUCAAUAUAUUUGUUGGAGGGACUGUCGGCCCUGGUGGGCAUCUCAAAGAACACCCCGAGGUUGAAAAGGUGGCGUGCAGUGAACUUCUGCCGGUCCUAGAGGAUUUAUGCAUUGAAAAGUUUGGGGCUGUCCGAAAGGCUGUUCCUUCAGAAAAUCCUCGUCACGCGGAUCGCUGGAAAAUCAACAAAUCGGCUCAGUACACUAAAGGAAUCCCGAAAGCACUCGGGAAGGCAACGCACAUCUGUACAAGUUGCGGAUAUAUUUAUCAAGAGAGCCAAGCAUUUAUGACUCAAUCAGAGGACUUUGUGUGCCCAUCGUGUUCCGCGCCGAAAUCGAAGUUUGAAGCUCUGAAGGAUUCAAAAGAUCCAGCUUCUUCCCGUCCAGUCAAAGAGUAUCCAUCGGAUGCCAUGGUCGCUUUGCAAGGUGCAGGCAGUACUGUCGAACUCAAGCUCAUCUCAAAAGUCGACAUUAGCUCCGAUACCCGAAUAUUCCGUUUUGCAUUGCCAACAGAAAGCCACAUACUCGGUCUACCUGUAGGCCAACACGUUUCCAUCGCUUUUACAGAUGAUUCGGGAACUGUGGUAUCUCGCCCGUAUACCCCGAUAUCCUCUGAUGAUGACGUUGGGUAUGUCGACUUCUGUAUAAAGAUAUAUCAGGACGGUGCCAUGAGUCAAAAACUCGACUCGCUAGCGCCGAAUGAGACCAUGACUUUUGAGGGUCCCCUCGGGAACGUCACAUACACCGACCGUGGGCAAUUUUCUAUUUACAAUCCAGCAACCACGGAUGUAGAUGUUCGCUCUGGUAUCAACAAUGUCGUCAUGGUGUGUGGAGGUACGGGGAUUACCCCAAUGCUUCAGGUUAUUCGCCAGAUUUUCAAAGAUGUCGGUGACACAACUCGCGUCACUUUGUUGUAUGCGAAUAAGACACCCUCAGACAUCCUUUUGAAGCAUGAACUUGAUAGCCUUGCCAGUCAGCACCCAAAUUUGCAAAUUCGCUACACCGUGGAUAGUGCAGGAGGAGGACCAUGGGAUGGUCUAGUAGGUCUCGUUGACGUGGACAUGAUAAAAGCGUGUCUUCCUACGGCUCGCAAUGAAACACAGGUUUUAAUGUGUGGUCCGCCUCAAAUGUUGGAGAAGGGAAUUAAACCUUCGCUGAAAUCCCUUGGUUUCACAGAAAGCUCUUGGAUCGAGUUUUGA